AGGCAGCCAGUGUUGAACCAAGAGCUUGUGGAAGAAAAGUUGUUGGUGAAUUGAUAAACGCUCAGCAUGGUUGAUUUAUCACAGCUUGUGCGUAAAUUGUACACCCUGACAAUAAUCAAACAUGGCGAAAAGUUACUUCUUGGAUUCAAAAAGAGAGGGUUUGGUCAAAACAAAAUAAAUGGGUUUGGCGGGAAAGUCGAGUCUGGCGAGAGCAUAGCAAACGCCGCAGUGAGAGAAGUUGACGAGGAAAGCGGCUUGGAUGUCUCCAGAACUAUCCGGAAAGUCGGUCUUCUGGAGUUCAGUUUCGAGGGAGAGAACACUCUCAUGGAAGUUCAUGUAUUCCUGGCUGAUGGUUUUGCCGGUCAACCGCGAGAGUCUGAAGAGAUGCGCCCCGAAUGGCACCCCAUCUCCAGCCUGCCCUACGACCGCAUGUGGGCAGACGACCGUCUCUGGUACCCCUUACUCCUGGCGGGGGCCUGCUUCAGAGGGCACUUCCACUUCAAGGGUCAUGACACUGUCCUCGAGCACACCUUGAGGGAAGUUCCGGUGCAGGAAAUAUCUGCGCCGGAGCCUCUCUGUUUACCAACUGACAAUCUAACGCAACAAUCGUGAUCACGAAUUUCGAGCGUCAUGUGGUCAUGAGGAUUGGUAUGUUUAUUUGCGUUAAUUUAGCUCCCUUUUUUUCAUCUAACGGAAGACAAGAAAAGGGAAACAAACGGAGAACAAUUAACGGAGGACAAAAUUAUUUACUUUUAGAAGUCAAGUUUUUUAUUUUUUAAUUAUUUUCCCCGUUAAAUUGAAUUAGUGUGACCGAAUUUACACGAACCGAAAUCUUAAAAAGGGAAACCGACUUUCUCCUGUAAUAAGUAUGUUUUUGUCUACGUCUGUUUUAGAAGGUUUAGUUGGUUCUUUAAAUGAAAAAAUGUAUUCAUUCAUUGAUAAUUUUUCUUUUAUUUAUGUCUUGAAUUGGUAAUGUUCUAUAUUGUAUAGGGAAAUGAACGGGGCCAACACUUUUCUGACCAGAGACUCUCUGGAAUUUCUCAAGCUCACGCCAUUAUCUUGCAGCUACAGUGUUCCGUCUGCGUGGUGACGCGGCAGGCCGCUGUGCUAGAUACUAACCAGUGUAGGCUCGGGGCCAUACUUUCAAAAUUCGCUAAGUGAACGUAAGUACU